CAGGACUUCAUUCGCACUCAGAGACUUCUCUUUUGUUAUCUUCUCUGCCUCUCUCUCUCUCUCUCUCCCUGUGUGGCCUCCGAGAGAGAGUCUCUGUGCUCCUGGCUUCGCUCCUUUUCCUCUACCUGAGUUGAGUUUCCUUUCGAGACGAUCUUGUUUUCUGAUUUUAUACGAUGGGUGGAAGUUCGAUUGAUGAUGACUGGGAGCUUCCCUUUUCCAAUGCUGCUCGCACUGUGGUCUUAGUUGGACGCACUGGUAAUGGAAAAAGUGCGACAGGCAACAGCAUUCUUGGCAAAAAAGCUUUCAAUUCCAAGCGUAGCUCUAAUGGUGUCACGAGCACCUGUGAAUUAAAGACUGCAAUCUUGAGAGAUGGACAGCAAGUUAAUGUUAUAGACACUCCUGGUCUUUUUGAUUAUUCUGCCAAAUCAGACUUUAUUGGCAAAGAAAUUGUCAAAUGCAUUAAUUUGGCCAAGGAUGGAAUCCAUGCUGUUCUUGUGGUUUUCUCAACUAGAACUCGCUUUUCACAAGAAGAGGAGUCUGCAAUCCUUAGCUUGCAAACUCUGUUUGGAAGUAAAAUCUUUGACUAUAUGAUUGUUGUCUUUACGGGAGGAGAUGACUUUGAAGAAAAUGAUGAGACUUUGGAAGAUUAUUUGGGCCGUGAUUGCCCGGAGCCUUUAAAGGAAAUCCUUGGUCUGUGUGGAAAUCGUCGUGUGCUUUUUGAUAACAAGACUAAGGAUGAAAGCAAGAGGGUCGAACAAGUGCAGCAGCUUCUCGCGCUUGUAAACUCGGUUAUAGCACAGAAUGGUGGGCGGCCAUACACAGAUGAGAUAUUUGCUGAAGUUAAGAAAGGGGCUAUGAAACUUCGUGAUCAACAAGAAGAGGUUGCUUCUUUGAAGGGGUAUUCAAAACGAGAAAUAUCUCAUUUGAAUGAGCAGAUGCAGCUUGCACAUGAUCUGCAGCUUAAACGAAUUACUGAGAUGGUUGAAUUAAAGAUGAGAGAAACAACUAUGAUGCUCGAACAAAAGUUAGCAGAUGAACAUGCUGCACGACUAAGAGCUGAAGAGACUGCCCAAGAGGCUCAACAAAGGUCUGAGGAUGAAAUCCGAAAGCUUAGAGACGAUCUACAAAAAGCAGAGGAGGAGCUUCGGAAAAGAGUUGAAAGCAAGUGUGCUAUUCUUUAAUGUAACGAUUGAUGGGCUAUGUGGUAAGGAGAUCGUGAAGUUUGUGGCAACUGGCUGCGACAUAUGGUUUAUGAUGGCUAUGGUAUCCUGUGUAAAUGUGAAAGAAGCUGGCUCACAGUUGGAAUUUUUAUAUCUAAACGUACUUUUCCCCUUUUUAUAUGAGAUGCUGGGUUGUUUGAGUGGGAUUUCCACAUUCUUUGUAGACUUUGAAAGACGGGAUCAGCAACCCAUGUGAUUUCAGUAGUGUUUUAUGAUCAUCUCUUUUGUUUCAUGAGUUACAUCUAAAAGUAAUA